AACGCGAUUCAAAAAAAAGACCGCGUGAACUACUCCAGCCUCCGUAGUUGUAGUUCUUCUCUUGGCGGGUAAAUGUAAACAGAGAGAAAAUGGAGGAACCGGAGGAACAGAGGAACAUGAAGGAGAACAGCAGCGAUCAUCACCAUCAUCCAGCUCAGAACCAUCCAGCUAAAGCGGGUCAAACUGAAAGCAAGCGCAGCAGAUUAAAGGUUUUUAAUAAAGUGAUGGAGAAAAGCCUCCAGCGCCUCAUUACAGAGAGCAGUUACAGCAGGUUCUCUCACUUCUUCCACCCGCUCUGCAAACAGAACCCUCAGGUGUCGGAGGUCAUCCACAAACAGUUCAUCACCGACCUGCACAAAUCCAUCCAGGAGGACAUAAACCGAGUGAUCGAGGAGGGAGACCUGCAGCUCAAACUGGACCAGCUGGACAAACUGGAGGAAAUGGCCAAAGAUACACCAGAUCCGGCGUGGCGACCCAGCGGCGUCCCCGAGCAGGACGUGUGCAGCGUGUUGGUUCCGUACCAUCAGGUUCAGGAGGAGUACGUGCGGCGGGAGCUGAGGAAGCUGCAGAAGGAGAACGCCGAGCUGGCUCAGAGGGUGCAGGCCGGGCGAGAGGCCAUCACACGCACCGAGCGGAGCAUCGCUUCAGCCGUGGAGGAGUGGAAGGACUCUGUUGCCGAUCUGGAAUCCUUCGUUGCGUCUCUGUGCCCAUCAGACAGUUUUGAGUCUCUCUGAUUUGUGGAUUCUGGGUUUUUUACAUGAUUGUAAUUUUUAUUAUUUUUAAACUCGUUUGUUCUGUUUAAUUCUGUUAAACACGUCAUUAAAUCUAUCAGCUCA